AUGGCACAAGAUACUACCCAGGCUUCGUCACUCCAUUCUCCUCCUACCCCAAAAUCGAAUCAAUCAUCCAUGAUUCAUGAAAGCCAGUCAUCCACAUCGGCGGUAAAUUGGCUUGAAGGCGAGAUAUCAUCGUUAGGCUCACUGGGUAAUAUUUUCAAGUAUGAGAUUGAAUUCAGAACUUGCCCCAUCCGUAAUGCAGUGGGAUCUGAACCAAUCGUACAUAAAGCUCAACCCAUGAAAAGAUGUAUCUGGCUGCCACUCCACGACGAAACGAAGAUAAUAGUGGAAAAGUACAUCACAGAGAUCACUUUCCUCCAUCAUGUGGUUCAUAUCCCCUCAGUGCAUACCAUGGUAGAGGAACUCUAUUGUAAUCUGAGAGAAAGCAAGCCAGUCAAGAUUGGGCACGUUUCGUUGCUCCUCGGCAUUCUCGCCAGUACCACGUCGCUCUGGGCUGAACGUGACAUGUGCAACUCCAUAUUUUCGACCGUUGAAGAAGCAGUUGCGCAGUCUACACAUUGGAUGAGACUUGCGUCGGAGAUGGUCGAUUACUCGCGUUACAAACACUUCGAAUCCAUAGAGGAUAUCCAAGCGAUGAUCAUUCUCAUAUUUGUGACUGCUAACAUCGUGGGGAUUACCCCCCAAGCUCGACAUAUGGUUUCCACUGCCAUCUCGUUUGGAAGAGAACUUUCCUUGCAUCGGAUCGAUCAUCCAUACAAUUCCCAUCUAGAUAUGCCUUCGCCAUCCUCUGCGAAAGCAGAGAUAUGUAGAAGAGUGUGGUGGUAUCUCGUGGCGACUGAUUGGCAGAUGUCGCAACUAUCUGGUUCGCAAAAGGGCACAUAUUCAAUUGAUCCACGCCACAUGAUGACCAACAAACCUUGCAAUGCGAAUGAUGAAGAUAUUGUGGACGGGAUGGUCGGAGUUGGAAAGCCACUCACCGACCCAACAUCGAUGUCGUACUGUCUCCAACGGAUUCGAUUGGGCGAAUUUUGCCGCGAAAUCACAGAUUGUGCUCCGUUUGGAAUUUCAGAUCCAGGAAGCCCGGACUAUGAGCACACGAAACAGAUUGAUGGCAAGAUUUGUGAAUUCGCAGAGAGUCUACCCUCGUUCUUUUCGUUAGACUAUCGGUCGGACGAGCUUCCAAACACCGAUCCUUGGAGAUCUCCCGGAAUAAUCAUACAACGAUACAUCAUCAAUUUUCUGCUUCAUGCCCAAAGAUGCAGGCUUCACUUGCCUUAUUUGUCGCGAGCGUCUAAAGAUCCUACAUACAAUUACUCACGGAGAGCAUGCCUGGAAGCAGCUCGAAUGGUGAUUCGUACCGAACGCCAACUCUCACUAGAGGUGGUCCCCUUUGCGACAAUGCGGCUAAGACUUCCAGGCUUACUAUAUUCCGUCUGUGUGGCGAUCAUUGUUCUCCUCAUAGACUUUUCUGGGAGUGAUCACCGGCAGGAAUAG